AUAACUACUAGGAACUAAUACACAGUACUGGUAGUGAUGGAUGUUUCCUUUCUGAGGCACCGCUCCGUGAAGCUGUCUCGGGUACCACAGAUGCAGAUGGAGCUGUCUAAUUGUACCACUCUUUGCAGAUUACUUCCAUCCUGUGCAGUAGCUCCCCCCUCCCCUCGUACCAUUCUGUCAGAACACUCUCCAUGGUUCUUCUACAGAAGUUUUUGAGUGUUUUAGGUGAUAAACCAAAAUCUCCUCAAACUCCUAAUGAAAUAUAGCUGCUGUCUUGCCUUCUUCAUAGCUGCACCACUAUAUUGGGACCAGGUUAGAUUCUCCGAGAUACUGACACGCAGGAACUUGAAGCUGCUCAUUUCUGAUCCCUCCGGGGAUUGGUUUGAGUUCUCUCGCCUGACCCUUUCUGAAGUCCUCUGGUCUUGCUGACGUUGAGUGCAAGGUUGUCACUGCGACGCCACUCAACCUCGUUCCUGCACGUCCUCUCGUCGCCGUCUGAGAUUCUGCCAGAAAUCAGCCAAGUUAUCUCAUCAGCAAACUUUUAGAUGUCGUUUGAGCUGUGCCUGGCCAAGCAGUCAUGGGUGUAGAGAGAGUGGGCUAAGCACACACCCUGAGGUGCGCCAGUGUUGAUCUUCAGCGAGGUGGAGAUGUUCUCACCAAUCCGCACAGGCUGUGGUCUUCCAGCGAGGAAGUCAAGGAUGCGGUUGCACAGGGUUUCAAAGCAUUCCUCGCACAUGGAGAGCCGGUCGGAACGAGGCUCCACCUGGUCCAGCCGUUCCCUGGGCGCACGUUGCCGCAACUCCAUUGCCUCCUGCACGGACGAACAGCCCCACAUCGGAAACUACCGCCUGCUGAAGACCAUCGGCAAGGGCAACUUCGCCAAGGUCAAGCUGGCCCGGCACAUCCUGACCGGCAGGGAGGUGGCGAUCAAAAUUAUUGACAAGACUCAACUGAACCCCACAAGUCUGCAAAAGCUCUUCAGAGAAGUGCGGAUUAUGAAGUGCUUGAAUCACCCGAAUAUCGUGAAGUUAUUUGAGGUGAUUGAAUCAGAGAAGACACUCUACCUGGUGAUGGAAUAUGCAAGUGGAGGUGAAGUGUUUGACUACCUUGUGUCUCAUGGGAGGAUGAAGGAGAAAGAGGCCAGAGCCAAAUUCCGGCAGAUCGUGUCAGCGGUACAGUACUGCCACCAGAGGAACAUUGUGCACCGGGACCUGAAGGCUGAGAACCUUCUCCUGGAUGCCGACUGCAACAUCAAGAUCGCGGACUUUGGCUUCAGUAACGAGUUUCAGUAUGGCAGCAAGCUGGACACCUUCUGCGGGAGCCCCCCGUACGCUGCCCCCGAGCUCUUUCAGGGCAAGAAGUACGACGGUCCAGAGGUGGACAUCUGGAGCCUGGGGGUCAUCCUCUACACACUGGUCAGCGGAUCGCUGCCCUUCGAUGGCCAGAACCUGAAGGAGCUGAGGGAGCGGGUGCUCCGGGGGAAGUACCGCGUCCCCUUCUACAUGUCCACUGACUGCGAGAACAUCCUCAAACGCUUCCUGGUGCUCAACCCGGCCAAGAGAGGCACCCUGGAGCAAAUCAUGAAAGACAAGUGGAUAAACGUUGGCUGCGACGGGGAUGAGCUGCGGCCUUACACGGAACCCGAACAGGACCUAGGAGAUAACAAACGCAUAGAAGUGAUGGUUGGAAUGGGUUACACACGAGAGGAGAUUAAAGAUGCCUUGACCAAGCACAAGUACAAUGAAGUGACAGCCACCUACCUCCUCCUGGGCAGAAAUACAAGCGAGGUGGACGCUGUCGAUUCCCACACCGGCAGUAACCUCUCAUUGGCCAAGGUUCGGCCCAGUAACGAGCUGAAUACCAGUACUACGAGCCAGAGCUCGACGCACAGUAGGAACCAGCGAAGCUCAUCCACCUAUCACAGACAGCGUCGACACAGCGACUUCAGUGGACCGGCAGCCCUGACCUCUCACCCCAAGCGCAGCCAAACCAGCACGGCUGACCACGAGCUGAAAGAAGAACGCAUUCCGUCCCGCAAGCUGACGGGCGCGGCGGUUACCAGCAGCAGCAGGAGUGGAGUGCCCCCCUCCAGCCCGAUGGUCAGCAGCGCCAAUAACCCCAACAAGUCGGAGAUCCCCGACCGGAGGAAGGUGUCGGGCUCCACCAACAAUAAUAUCCCGGCCAGCGCCAUGAGCAGGAGGAACACGUACGUGUGCACCGACCGGACACCCAACGACAGGCAGUCGCUGCUACAGAACGGGAAGGAGAACAGGUAGUCGGUGUGGGCUCUGACCGAUGUGGAUGGAUCUAACCUGGCAGAGGGAGUCACACAGGCGAGACGGUCACCUGGGUGACGGGACAUGGGGUCCACUGGUCCCAGGCACAGUGAUUAACCCCAUCCCUGUUGUAGUCACACUGAUUAACCCCAUCCCUGUUGUAGUCACAACGUUUAACCCCAUCCCUGUUGUAGUCACAACGAUUAACCCAUCCCUGUUGUAGUCACAACGAUUAACCAUCCCUGUUGUAGUCACAACGAUUAACCCCAUCCCUGUUGUAGUCACAACAAUUAACCCAUCCCUGUUGUACAGUCACACUGAUUAACCCCAUCCCUGUUGUAGUCACAACGUUUAACCCCAUCCCUGUUGUAGUCACACUGAUUAACCCCAUCCCUGUUGUACAGUCACAACAAUUAACCCCAUCCCUGUUGUACAGUCACACUGAUUAACCCCAUCCCUGUUGUAGUCACAACGUUUAACCCCAUCCCUGUUGUAGUCACACUGAUUAACCCCAUCCCUGUUGUACAGUCACACUGAUUAACCCCAUCCCUGUUGUAGUCACAACG